CAACGGCAUCAGCAGCAUUUUCCUCAGUAUUUUGCCAAGCAAUCGACCGUGACAAUUCAACGUGGAACAAUCGUGUGCCAGCGACCGACCGACGGAAACAGUGUCAGCAAUGGGCAAAGAACUGAUGAACACCGGUAACUUCUGCCAGCAGCUCGGCGCAACGCUGGUGCGCAAUUUCAAGCUGAAAAUUCGCGACUCGCGCAAAACGAUAGCGGAAGUGUUUCUGCCCCUGUACACACUCGGCACGCUGAUCGUGCUGAAGAUCCUGAUACCGAACCCGAACUUCCCGGCCAUCACCGAGCCGCGCGGAGCGGCGAGCCUGUUCGAGCACUUUCAGCACCACAAAGCGCACACCAUCGCCGUGCUGCCGCAGCCAAACUCCUCCACGACCGUGCCAUUCCUGAACGAGGUGAACGAGCUGUGGAUGUCGAACCGGCGGCACCAGCCGGGCGUGCAUCCGAUCAAGUGGAUCGUGUACGACACACCGGAAGAGCUGCUGGCGGCCUACUGGCGCGAUCCGAACCGGAUGCCGCUGGCGCUGAUCUUCCACACCGACGACCCACUGUUCGGGCCGCUGCGGUACGAGAUCCGCACGAAUCCGUCGUUCUUCGUGACGCCGUCCACGACCGAGCUGUACUCGUCGCUGGUCACGUGCCGGCAAUCGGACAGCUACUGGUCCGCGGUCAUCCCGAUCGAAACGGGCGACUCCUGCCCGGUCAACCAGUACUACUACUCCGGCUUUGUCGCGCUCCAGACCCUGCUGGACUACACCAAGAUCCGCGUCGUGACUCAGAACGAAGAACUGCAGAUACCGCACAUCACGCUGGAGAUGUUCCCGAAGGAGGCCUACACGGGCAACUGGAUGGUCGCGUUCCGGUUGGUCAUUCCGAUCUACAUGGUGAUGGCGCUGUCCCAGUUCAUUACAUAUCUGCUGAUACUGAUUGUCGGCGAGAAAGAGAACCACAUCAAGGAAGGGCUGAAAAUAAUGGGUCUGCGCGACUCCGUUUUCUGGUGCGGCUGGUUCGUCAUCUACGCCGUGUUCGUCACGUUCCUGAGCUUCGUGUCGGUGAUUCUGGUGUUUUCGUUGGGCGUUUUCCAGCACACCAACUACCUGCCCGUGUUCAUACUGAUUCUGCUGUACAGCUUCUCGGUCAUCCUCAUCGGCUUUAUGAUAACUCCCUUUUUCGACAACUCCAGGACCGCUGGUAUACUGGGCAACUUCGCCGUGAACAUUAUGUCGCUGCUGUACUUUUUGCAAGUGUUCAUCGACGAUACGCACACAUCCGCCGCGCUGUGGACGGUUUCGCUGAUCUCGCCGACCGGGUUCGCGCUGGCGAUGGACAAAAUCCUCGUGCUCGACAUCUCGGGACAGGGCGUCACGCUGGACAAUCUCUGGACCGGGCCGGGCAUUCCGAUCGGCGGUUCCAUCCUGAUGCUGGUGGUGGACAUUCUGCUGUACGCGGCGCUAGCGUUCUACUUCGAUUGCGUGAUCCCGUCGGACCACGGGACGAAGCAGAGGCCGUGCUUUUGCUUCAACCGCCACUACUGGUGCAAGAAGAAGGUGCCAAAGGUGCCGCUGCUGAACGGGGAAUCGGCCAACUCGUUCAACAACGCGCUCGAGGAUCCGGUGUGCGAUGUGGAGCCGGUGUCGCGCGAGAUGCGCGGCAAAGAGGCAAUCCGCAUCGUGGACCUCUACAAGACGUUCCACUCGUGCCGCAAGCCGGCCGUGAACGCGGUGAACGGUAUCAACCUGACCAUCUACGAGGGCCAAAUAACGGCCAUCCUGGGGCACAAUGGGGCGGGCAAGAGCACCCUGUUCAACAUCCUGACCGGCCUGACGUCGCCCACGUCCGGCACGAUCUACAUUUUCGGGUACGAUGUGCGCGACCCGAACGACAUGACGAUGAUUCGCCGCAUGACGGGCGUCUGCCCGCAGCACGACAUUCUCUUCGAGACGCUCACCCCGAAGGAGCAUCUGCACUUUUUCGCGGCCGUCCGCGGCAUUCCGCCCUCGCUGGUGGACGGUGAGGUGAAGAAAACGUUGCGCGAUAUCGAUCUGUUCGACACGGCCGAGACGCGGGUGAAGCACCUGAGCGGCGGCCAGAAGCGGAAGCUCUCGGUCGGGAUCGCCAUCAUCGGCGAUCCGAAGAUCAUCAUCCUGGACGAGCCGACGGCCGGGGUCGAUCCGUACUCGCGGCGCCACAUGUGGUCGAUCCUGCAGAACCGCAAGCACGGCAAGGUGAUCCUGCUGACGACGCACUUCAUGGACGAGGCGGACAUAUUGGCCGAGCGGAAGGCGGUCGUCUCGCGGGGUCGCCUGCGUUGCUGCGGUUCGUCGCUGUUUCUGAAGAACAAAUUCGGUGUCGGCUACCACCUCACGCUGGUGCUGGACACGAACGCGUGCGAAACGUCCAUCACGAAGCUGGUCAACGAGCAUGUGCCGCAGGCGGAGAAAGCGCGCCGGCAUGGCCGCGAGCUGAGCUACAUUCUGCCGCACGACGCGGUCAACUCGUUCGUGUCCCUGUUCGACGACAUCGAGAAGGAGAUCCGAACGAAGCGCGCCAUGUUGGGCAUCUGUUCGUACGGGGUGUCGAUGACGACGCUGGAGGAGGUGUUUCUCCACCUGGAGACGCAGCGCGAGGGCGGCCAGAAGGCGGAAGGCGCCGAGGAGGAUGACGCGGAGAACGGGGACGAGGAUGGGGAGGAGGAGGACGAUGCGAAGGGGGCCGGUUAUCCGGUGUCGGACAGCCUGAGUCGGAAGGUGAUGAAGAACCGGGCGCUACCGAGGAGCCUGUCGCUGCAGGAGCGUAGCAACAGUUACCAGUCGCUAAAGAAUGACACAAAGACGCUGCUCGACGAACAGAACGCCGACAACAAGACGUCGCUGCCGGACAAUCGGCUGCAGUUCGACACGAUCAUACCGAUCAACGGGCUGGGUUCGGACGGCGUCAGUCAAACGGCUGCCGCCGCGGGGGCCACUCGCGGGGGCCACUCGGUAACCAGUUCGCCGCAGGGCCAGAGGAUGCACCGCAAGAAGCACCACCGUGCGUCGCGUAACGGCGUGAGCAAGAGUACAAAGAGUAUCUACGAGGAGCCGGGUCACACGAACUCGUCCGCGUCGGCCGUGAAGCUGAACAGUCAGAACCGCACGAACUGGAUGGACCUGGACGAUAUUCAGCUGUUUCCGUCCCGCUGGAGCACGAUCGCGGCGCUGCUGAAGCUGCGGCUCACGAUACUGUUCCGCGACAUUCAGCGGCUCUAUCUGCUCAUCAUACUGCCGCUAGCGUUCACGGCCCUCGGACUGUACCUCAACUCGAUCCAGGUGCUGUCCCCGAUCAUGCGCUCGAUCCUGCUGGACAACACCACCUACGGUAGCAACAUCACGAAGAUUGCCGUGCACGAUAACACCGGCCCGAUCGCCUGGUCCCAUCCGGCCUACCUUUAUCACCAUCAUCACCAGCAGCAGCAGCAGCAGCAACAGGCUGCCCAACCACAGCCCCGGCAGCAGAAGCGGGACCCGCAGAAGUAUGUCGACGCGGUUCCGAUGCUGCUGCACCAGAAACACCAUCACCAGCAGCAGCAGCAGCAACAGUCGAAGGAAUCGGCCCAUCUCUACCAUCGCUUCCUCGCGGAACUGCGCCAGUCGGCCAACGUUACCGAGGAGUUCAACGGUAACUUUAGCCUGCUGCUCGAUAUCGCCCCCCAUAUGGCGGCCUUCAAUGUGAACACCAUUUCCUGGUCGAACGUGUCGAUCACGUCGCUGUACAACGACACCACGCAGCACAGUUUGCCGAUCAUUUUGAACCUGAUCAGCAACACCCUGCUGCGGGUGUACGCCGAACUGUCACCGGCUUUGGUCAGCUCCCAAAACCUCAACCGGGGCGGUGCUGUGACGGGUGGUCACCGGGCAGGAUCUGCGUCCCCCGAAGUGCAAGCCUCCGUAGACUACCAGGACGAUCAGAGCCUGGAUGGGCUGGCCUCCUCCAGCACGAGCGCCACGUCAACGGCCGGAUCGGUGGGCGCAGAUCGCGAGUCGGUCCUGCGCAUCGAGCUCUGGUCGCACCCGUUCCAGCAGACGGCCCAGCCGCAGGAGUUCAACAUCGGCACGUUCUCGUCGGCCCUGUUUGUGGGCAUGAUUUUCGUGCUCAUUCCCGUGUCGCUUGCCGUGGACAUGGUGUACGAUCGCGAGAUGAAGGCCAAAAACCAGCUGCGCGUCAAUGGGCUCUCGUCGUCGCUGUACCUGUCGGCGUACUUCAUCGUGCUGUCCGGGCUGAUGCUGGUCAUCUGUGCCGCGCUCCUGGGACUGGUGUUUCUCUUCGACAUACCUUCGUUUCGACAGCCUCCCGCUCUCAUCACGCUCGGCAUGCUGGUGUUUCUGUACUCACCGGCCGGUAUCCUGUGCUCGACCUGCUUUUCGUACUUCUUCGAUCGGACCGACUCGGCGCAAUCGAUCCUACCGAACAUCCUCACGUUCGUCGGGCUCAUCCCGUUCAUACUGGUGGUGUUCCUGGAUAUGCUCGGGAUCGAGGUGAAAGCGGCCAUCGCUCUGCACUACGUCUUUUCGCUGAUCAACCCGAUGUACAUACCGUACGCGACGGUGUACUUCGUCGAUCGGGUUUACAUCGCGUGCCGGUUGAGCUCGGCGUGCGCCGAACUGUCGAUGGCCCACUACAUGACCGAGGAGGUGAUCGUGAUGGCGUGCGGGUGCCUUUUGCACAUCCCGAUCUGGGCCUUCUGCUUGCGUAUUUCGGACGUGAUGAAAAGUGGCGGUCGCAUGAGGGACCUGUUCCAUCGGUCAGCGAACGAGGAAGACGUGAUGAGCGAAGAGCAGUGCACGGGAGAGUACGAGGAUGAGGACGUACGCAACGAGCGCAGCCGAGUGUUUCGCCUUACGUCCAACAGUCAGCACCCGCCUCCUGACGAAGCCGGGUCCCAACCCGUGGUGGUAGUGAAGAGCCUUCGGAAGGAGUUCUCCCAGGAGUCGAUGUGUGGGAACUGCUGCUGCUGUGCGGACGAUGAGCCCCCGCGGAAGAAGGUAUCGGUGCGGAGUCUCUCGCUCGGUGUGGACGCCGGUGAGGUGCUUGGUUUGCUCGGUCACAAUGGUGCCGGCAAGACGACCACCAUGAAGAUAAUGACGGGCGAAACGGCACCUACACGCGGCACGGUACGAGUCGCUGGCCACAGCAUCACCAUCAACCAGGAUGAUGCCUUCAAGACGCUGGGCUACUGUCCACAGCAUGAUGCCCUGUGGAAGAACGUAACGGUGCGCGAGCACCUGGAACUGUAUGCCCGGAUCCGUGGCGUGCGCGGCAAAGACCUGAACCGGUUGGUGGCCACUUACCUGACCGGGCUGCACAUAAACGAGCACGCGAACAAGCAGACCCAGCACUGCUCCGGUGGAACGCGACGAAAGCUCAGCUAUGCGAUGGCGAUGGUCGGCGCCCCGAAGGUGGUGCUGCUCGAUGAACCCUCCACGGGCAUGGAUCCGAAAUCGAAACGCUUCCUCUGGGAUACGAUCCUUGCCAGUUUCCACGGCAAGCGGUGCGCCAUGCUGACCACGCACUCGAUGGAGGAAGCGGAUGCGCUGUGUUCGCGCGUCGGCAUCAUGGUGAAGGGGGAACUAAGAUGUCUAGGCUCGACGCAGCAUUUGAAAAAUCUGUACGGUGCCGGGUACACGCUGGAGAUUAAGCUGAAGCACAUCGAAAAUGUGUACAGCGAAACGCCGAUCGAAAGUCAGCCGAGCAGCAGCCAGGAGCAGCUGCAGCUCGACCAAAGCACGGACCACAUUGCUCCAGUUAUCAGUAACUGUAUCGAUAACCGGUCGAUGGCGUUGCGCAACUUCGUGACGGAUCUGUUCCCGAGUGCCACCCUGGAGGAGAGCUUCGCCGACCGGCUGGUGUACUCGGUUCCGCAGCAGGCAGUCAGUUCCCUGGCGGAGUGUUUCUCGCGGCUCGAGAAAGCCAAAACGGAGCUGGACAUUGAGGAGUACUCGUUUAGCCAAACUACACUGGAGCAAGUGUUUCUUAAGUUUGCUCAUUACGAUGAGGAAACCUCGAGUGUGCAGUAAGUUGUGCCCCGUGGGAACCGUGAGGCUGUUCCGGCAUCCCAUUUGAUUUGAUUCUUUAAUCGAUCGUGAGGCAUUGGUGUAAUGCUUCCUCGUUUUGGUUACUCAUCAUCGUACGAAAUUCAGCCUGAGACAGCCUGAGCAUCAAGCGUGAGGCGCGUGUUGUAUAGUGCAUUUGGCUAAGUGAAAAGUCUGUAGCAAGACAACUAAGAGUGUAAGUGAACGUAAAACUAUUAACUAAAUAUUUCCUAGAAAUUAAAUCUUAUCGAAGCAAGAGCGAGAAGCUGAACCCUAGGAAAACGGAAUACGGAAUAACAACCGAUAGGAAAAAUGACGAAUAAAGGAACUAAUGGUUGCAAAAGAAAGAAAACCGGAUGUGAUGAAUUUAAAAGUGAAUAGCCAUUUGAAUUGACACAGGGGACAAGUAAUCUGUAAUGGAACCAAUGAACGACGAAACUUGUAUGUCAAAGACGAAGAAAUCAAUAGCAAACGUAAGCUGACCCGGCGUGUGGUGUGUAGAAGUAAGCUGUUUAAAAAUGAAUCACCACUGUCCUUUGGAAACAGUAGACGCGUCUUCUCUGCAGGCCAUUUUUACGGAGGAGAAAUCAUUUAAAACGCAAAAACAAAAAUAGUUAAAAGUGAACGACAUCGUAAGGGUAGCAAGGAAGUACGCAUGCCGCAAUCGGUACGUGAACAAUAAGACAAUUAAGCUGAAUUUAGAUAACCUAAAAUGCAUUGCAAAAUGAAUGAACGCAGACGAAGAGCGCCGAAGAAAAUGAUUGAUAAUAAUGGAAGUAGGUAAAUACUGACUAAGUUAGAUAAGAAAUAUGCAAAGAUGUUUACUAGCCAUGCGCUGUACAGCGUUUCUGCAAAGCAAUUCGACGACUAUGGAAUCAUCCUUCAGACUUUGGAGUCUGCGUCGUGUAGAUCCACUAACGAUACACAAGGAAGCUAGCGGGGAACUACACUGACGAUUACAUACAAAUAUAACUAAAAGCUGUUCCAUCACCAAACAAAAAAAAACGAUUUUCAUAACGUAGAAAAACAAAAUAAUAUGCAAAAGAACGGGAAAACAUUUCAAGGAAA